AUGUCGAGUCCCGCGCGUGCGGGAUCUCGCACGGUGGGUGUUGGCACGCAGGAGAGCGCUCCAGAAUGGCCGUCGGGGCUCACACUGAAGAAAAGCGAGGAAUUGAGUGAAAUGGAUUUAGACCUGAAUGGAGAAAACAGUGCCAGUCACCGAGAACAGCUGUAG